AAUUGAGAGAUUUUUCAGGUUAAGUUAUAGACACGCUUAUACAGAUAUGAGACGAAUAAGAACAAUUUGUAGGUUAGCCUAAUUCAAAUUCGCCGCAACCGUGCCCCACCUUCGAAUCUUUAUUUACUAUUUAUUUUUUUAUGAAAACUAAAUUUCUUGGUAAAGAAAUAAGCAUCGAUUAUCAUGGCUGCUAUUCCUCUCAGUUUGGCCGAAAAAACUUUCAUUCUUCACGGGGUUGACGCAGAUUUUCGGACCGAUGGAAGAAACAGAUGUGAAUACCGUUGGAUUGAAAUUGAGACAAAGAUGAUGCCUCAUACAAAUGGUUCAGCCCGAUUAAAAGUAGGGAAUACAGACGUCCUUGUUGGCGUUAAGGUUGAAAUUGAUUCGCCAUACCCUGAAAGACCGUUUGAAGGAAAAAUUGAAUUUUUUGUGGACUGUUCUGCCAAUGCUGCACCAGAAUUCGAAGGAAAAGGAGGUGAUGAUUUGGGCACUGAAAUCAGCAGUAUUUUGGCUACUGCUUAUCAGUCUUCCAAUGCCAUAAAUCUUAAAAAAUUGUCCAUUCUACCUCACCAAAAAUGUUGGAAAGUAUACGUUGAUAUACUGAUUCUUCAGUGCGGUGGUAAUCUCUUUGAUGCUGUUGGAGCAGCUGUAAAAGCUGCGUUAUUCAGUACCGAAAUACCAAAAGUUAUAGGAGCAACCCUGGAUGGUGGACAACCGGACAUACAAUUGUCAGAUGAUCCAUUUGAUUGCACUAGAUUAGACACAGAAAACUAUCCGGUACUUGUCUCUCUGUGUAAAAUCGGUGAAAAGUGCGUUGUAGAUCCGACCUCGGAAGAAGAAAUGUGUGCGUCAGCCACAAUUGUGAUGUCAGUUACUCCAAAAGGACGAAUAACCUCGACAGUUAAAACUGGAUACGGUAGUUUACAGGCCUCAACUUUACUAAAAGCACUUGAGAUGGGGACGAACGUAGGCAUAAAAUUAAAUCAAGCGAUAGCAGACGCUUUGAGAAGAGAAGAGGAGCUGGGACCAAAGAGACCAAUUUGUGGUUUUCUUCAAUAAUUCAGUUUUCAUAUACAUUUUUAAUAAAAAUAAAAAGAACUGAGCACUCUCGCAA